CGGCAGAAAAACGGGGAAAAUAGAAAAGAAAAUAACGAGAAGGCGGAGUAAUGUGUUGUUGAAAAAAAAAGAGAGGAAAAGAGGGACGUCCCGCUUUCGGGCGGCCCCUCCCCCUCUUGUUCCCGUUCGUUCUCUCCUCCCUGCUUCUCUUUGUUCUCUGUUCCUUCGCGUUGGAUGAGCGUGGUGGAAUAGAGAGAGAGAGAUGAAGGGUGCCGUUUGCUGCUCGUGUGGUGCUGCCGCCUUGGGAUCGGCAAUGCCCUUGCCCUUGCCCUCGCCCUCCUGGUUUCGGGCUUCUUAUUCCCAACUCCGAGUCCACAGCAACCACAAGCAGGGGGGUAUCUCUCACUCCGCUUCUUCUGCGGGACCCCUCUCUCCUUCACUCCCCAUUCGCACCGCCGCCGGAAGGGCGAGAGCAUCUGCUGCCCUCCCCCCUCCUCUGGCAGGACCGCGUGCCAAGAGAAAGAGGAGGAAGAAGCAGAAAGAGGAGGCAGCCGCAUCGGCCACGGCGGAAGGUUCUGAGGAGGAGUGCGUGCCGUCGGCGGAGGAGGCGUCCAUCAGCGUGGGGGCGGUGUACCAGAACGGGGAUCCGCUGGGGCGGAGGGAGCUGGGCAAGUGCGUGGUGCGCUGGAUCAGCCAGGGCAUGCGCUCCAUGGCCUCCGACUUUGCCUCCGCCGAGCUCCAGGGUGAGUUCUCCGAGCUCCGCCAGCGGCUGGGCGUUGGCCACGGGGCCAGCAUUGGGGGCCUCGGCUUCGUCAUCCGGGCCCAGCCCUACCUGUACGCCGUCCCCAUGCCCAAGGGCCUGGAGGCCCUCUGCUUCAAGGCCUGCACCCACUACCCCACCCUCUUUGACCACUUCCAGCGCGAGCUCAGGGACGUCCUCCAGGACCUCCAGCGUCAGGCCGUCAUCACCGACUGGCGCGCCACCCAAUCCUGGAUGCUUCUCAAAGACUUUGCCAAUUCAGCACAGCAUCGAGCGGCAGUGCGAAAGACUCCCCAGAGUAAGGCAGUGCAUAGUGGUCUUGGGAUAGAGCUGAAAAAAGCUAAAGUAAUGCUGAAAAAGAUUGAAGACUUUGUGAAGCAGAUGUCAGACCUUCUUCGCAUAGAGCGGGAUGCGGAGCUGGAGUUCACUCAAGAAGAGCUGAAUGCAGUUCCGACACCAGAGAGUAAUUCUGACUUGCUUAAACCGAUUGAAUAUUUGGUGAGCCAUGGGCAGGCACAGCAAGAGCAAUGCGACACCAUUUGCAAUUUGAAUGUGAUUAGCUCUUCAACUGGUUUGGGAGGUCUGCACUUGGUCCUAUUUAAAGUUGAAGGUAACAAUAGAUUGCCCCCAACCACUCUUUCUCCAGGGGACAUGAUUUGUGUGAGAACAUGCAAUAGCUCAGGUGCAGGAGCGACAUCUUGCAUGCAAGGUUUUGUUUAUAAUUUAGGUGAGGAUGGUCGUAGCAUCACUGUGGCUCUUGAGUCUCGCCAUGGUGAUCCUACCUUCUCUAAGCUAUUUGGGAAGAGCAUCCGCAUCGACCGUAUACAAGGACUGGCAGAUUCACUUACAUAUGAGCGCAACUGUGAAGCAUUAAUGCUUCUCCAGAAGAAUGGUUUACAGAAAAGAAAUCCUUCAAUUGCUGUGGUGGCUUCUCUCUUUGGGGACAAGGAAGACAUUAUGUGGCUUGAGCAGAAUCAUCUCAUCGAAUGGGGUGAGUCAAAACUUGAUGGACUAGUAAAGAAGGAAAAGUUUGAUGACUCCCAAUUAAAAGCUAUUGCCUUAGGCUUGAAUAAGAAGCGGCCUCUUCUGAUAAUUCAAGGACCUCCUGGUACUGGCAAGACUAGAUUAUUGAAGGAACUAAUAACCCUUGCUGUCCAGCAAGGUGAGCGUGUACUUGUAACAGCUCCUACGAAUGCAGCUGUGGAUAAUCUGGUUGAGAGACUCUAUGAUUCUUGGUUGAAUAUUGUACGUGUUGGAAAUCCUGCCCGUAUAUCUUCAACCGUGUCUUCAAAAUCUCUAGAAGAAAUAGUUAACAACAGGCUUUCAGAUUUUAAGAAAGAGUUUGAGAGGAAAAAAUCGGAUUUAAGAAAGGACCUCAGGCUUUGCUUAAAGGAUGACUCCCUAGCAGCAGGUAUCCGUCAACUCUUAAAACAGCUUGGGAAGACUUUGAAGAAGAAAGAGAAAGAAACCAUAAAAGAAGUGUUGUCAAAUGCCCAGGUUGUCCUAUCGACUAAUACUGGAGCAGCUGACCCCGUCAUCCGAAGACUGGACAGCUUUGAUCUGGUCAUUAUAGAUGAGGCGGGGCAAGCAAUUGAACCAUCAUGCUGGAUCCCCAUUUUGCAAGGGAAGCGCUGCAUAUUGGCAGGUGAUCAGUGUCAGCUUGCACCAGUUAUUUUGUCCAGAAAGGCUCUGGAAGGUGGUCUUGGUAUGUCUCUCUUGGAAAGAGCGUCAGCUCUACAUGAUGGUUGGCUAACCACAAGAUUGACGAUUCAAUACCGAAUGCAUGAUGCAAUAGCCAGUUGGGCAUCAAAAGAGAUGUAUGAAGGAUUGUUGAAGUCUUCUCCAACCGUCUCGUCGCAUCUUCUUGUCGAUUCUCCAUUUGUGAAGGUUACGUGGAUAACUCAAUGCCCUCUGCUCUUACUUGAUACGCGAAUGCCGUAUGGCAGCUUAUAUGUUGGUUGUGAGGAGCAUUUGGACCCCGCUGGCACAGGAUCUUUUUACAAUGAAGGUGAAGCUGACAUAGUUGUGCAACACGUUUUUAAUCUUAUUUAUUCUGGGGUCUCUCCGACGGCCAUUGCGGUUCAAUCACCUUAUAUUGCUCAGGUGCAGUUGUUGAGGGACAGGCUUGAUGAAUAUCCAGAAGCUUCUGGCGUUGAGGUUGCAACUGUAGACAGCUUUCAAGGAAGGGAGGCUGAUGCCGUCAUCAUAUCAAUGGUGCGAUCGAACACAUUAGGAGCGGUUGGAUUCUUGGGCGACAGCAGGCGAAUGAAUGUGGCGGUAACGAGGGCGCGCAAGCACGUUGCUGUCGUCUGCGACAGCUCAACCAUUUGCCACAACACCUUCUUGGCCAGGCUCCUUCGUCACAUCCGACGCUAUGGGAGAGUCAAGCAUGCGGAGCCCGGUUCCUUUGGAGGCUCUGGAAUGGGCUCCAGCCCCAUGUUGCCCUCCAUCAGUUAGAUUCUUCUCGCUCUUUGUAUGGUUACCAUUUGGUUUAGUAAUUUUUUUUCCCUAUUUAGGAGAAGUGAAAAAUCACUUCUACCUUGGUGCAAUAGUAAAUCAAUACUCAAAAGGGUGUUUUCUUUUUCUUUUUUUUUUUUUGAAAGAAAAAGAAUGGUCGCUUAUAGUUUGAAAAGGUAAAGAUUUUCUAUAUCAACAGUCAAUUUAUUUUAAUCUAAUUUGAUUUUUGUUUUCUAA